ACCAACAAAGAUGCCAAACACUGCGAUCUGGCUUUAUUAAAGAUUUUUCUGGUUGUUCGGGAGGAAAUUUUAACAAUGAUGGGACUCUGUGUGGAAUAAUAUACCGGGUAUUCGUUUACCAUGUCGUCGUCGGUGUCCCCUAACAGGUUUGCAGAUUAUUUUGUGAUUUGUGGACUGGAUGUCUCUUCAGGCUUGGAACCGGAUCGGCUGUCAGGUGAUAAUUUACACUGCCAGCCUCUGGAACGACCCUACAAGUGUAAGGUGUUAGCCCAUUACCCUGAGAGCGUGCCAUGGAACCCCUUCGACAAGGAAGCUGUGGGAAUGCUCAGCUUACCCAAAGGGCUGACGUUCCGGACCCAGAAGCAGACCAGGGAGGCCAUGUUCCACUCCUUCAUCAUCACCAAGGAGGACGGAUCGCGUGUGUUCGGGUCCACGUUGACAUUCUUCGAGGAAGUGAAGAACACGCGGAUCUGUGCUGCCAUGCAAACGUUACACGCCAUGCACAAGGCGGAACUCAGCAAUGCUCAGUCUCGGACAUUGUACUCGCACCUCGGUGAGGAGCAGGAGCGCAGCCCACAGACGACCAGGCGCCGGCCCCCACGCGGGACCUCGGACAGGUUUUACGAUAUUAACAAAGACAGCUUGUACGUGACAAAAGCUGUGAGUCUGAUCACACAAUUACCGUUUGUGUAUUGCUGCCGACACUUUCUCACUCAAUUGUAUGAAGCUAUCACCAGUGAAAGCCCACCACAGCUACCUCUAGAGUGUUAUAUAUUUAAUAUAUUGUUUGAGGUGCCACUACCACCACCAGGGAGGAGUAUGAAGUUCUUUGGGGUAUCCUCUCCUAUUUUCUGCCAAAGACCAAGUGUAAUUGAGUUGCCAGUGUUCGACUUUUCUCUCUGGGAACUCUUCAAAAUUUUGGGCCUGGAAAAUGUUUUAAAGUUGUUUACAAGUGUUUUGUUGGAACAUCAAGUCCUCCUAUACUCAUCUGAUUAUCAGAGGUUGAUGUUGAUAGCUGAGAGCUGUACGAAUCUGAUGUUCCCCUUCAGCUGGCAGCAUGUCUAUGUCCCUAUACUGCCCGCCUCUCUUCACCAUUUCCUUGAUGCCCCUGUACCCUUCAUCAUGGGCCUCCAGCAUGGGCGUGAGGAUCGGUCUCAGCUUAAACUGCCAAGUGAGGCCAACAUGUGUUUUGUGGACAUUGAUGCCUGCAGUGUUGAAAUCCCAGAGUUCUUACCAGCGUUCCCUUACAAACAGGAAAUCAUGGAUGAACUGUCUCAGCUUAUAGCUAAGUACCACCCAGUGUUAGACAAACCUGUCUCUACUAACAGCUACACCCAAACCCUGGGCAGGUACAAGAGACUAAAGAGCCAUGACCCUGACACUAAUAGGCUGGGGAAGGUAAGCAAUGGUAACACCACCCCCCAGUCCCCAAGCAAACUGCAGGUUUUACAGCAGAGUGAGGCUUGGGCACGCAUAGCAGCCAUCGCCAAGAAAACUGGUGUGUGGACAUCACUAGAGGACCUUACGGAUACCACCAACAAGAACAUCACGGAAAAGGUUAUCUCCGAACCAAAGGAACCCACCACCAUGCCAGCCCGCGACCUUGACGAGCUGGCCUUCAAUAACUGUGUACGGGAGAUUUUCCUGAACUGCUUCGUUCAUAUGUUCAGGAAUUACGAAGCUUUUGUUAUUCAACCGACACAGGACAUGGAAUCUUGGCUUAACAAUAGAGAGACGAUGCACAACUUCGACAAAGCAGCGUUCCUCAGUGACCAGCCAGACGGCCAUCUACCCUUCUUGUCCCCAUUCACAGAGACACAGAUGUUCGCGACGCUCAUCGACAACAAGAUAAUGUCACAGUGGGAAGAAGCAGACACUUUUUUACGGGUAUUCGAGGCUCGACUGAAGAGCCUUAGGGACAAGUACGAGGAGGGUCGUUCACCAGCUCUGGUUCCUUGCACAACCUUCAGGGACACAGAAGCACCUUUAGAGAAGAGAGCCACCUACAUUGACCACAUAGCGACAAGGCCUCACAUGCCCCCUAUGCCAUUUGAACACGCCAAACACGAGAUGGGUGUUUUCCCAAACCUCAGUGCAAGUGUACUCAACUCAGAACCUAUCUACUCAAAGUCCCGUAAUCGUGAAAAUGCAAUGUGGAGGAGAAAAGACCGUCUUUUACAACACUCAGAACAUCUUAAACUUAAUUCUGACCAAAGAGAGUUUGCAAUCGCUGAGAAACAUGCCAAACUUUGGCAAAAAUACAUCCAGGAGGCGAGGUCAAAGGUCAUACGUCAGCCACGCCUGGCAGACAUGAAUGCUGCUCACAUGGCACAGACAAACUGGAAGUUUGUGGAAACAUUGCUCAAAGAAUGUAAAUCAAAGACAAAGCGGAUGUUGGUGGACAAGAUGGGCCGUGAGGCUGUAGAGCUGGGUCACGGGGAGGUCAGCAUUACAGGGGUGGAGGAGAACACGCUCAUUGCCAGUCUCUGUGACCUCCUAGAGAGGAUCUGGGGUCAUGGGCUGCAGACUAAAAAGGGCAAAUCUGCUUUAUGGUCACACAUGUUGAGUUUCCAGGAGGUAGAGGAGUGCAAUGAUACCAGUAAACCCAUCGACCCGAAUUUCUUGACUCCAGUGUUGACUUUCCCGCCGUUACGCAGACAAAAAACGGUGGGCAGUAGGUUAAAUCUAGUGGAAAUAAAAGCUAUGUUGGAGUGUUAUUUUUCACUGUGCAAUUUGUCCUCGAUGGCACUGGAAGCAGAGAGGACUAUCAAGGAGAAGACCCACCGUCGUAAGGGAAGCCGUGGAGGGAUAGAUCUCCCCACCCUCAGGCCACUCCCACGCUCACUCACCUUUGACAUGAAGAAUGUCCAGCAAAUGAGUGAUAUAAAAACAGAUGUUGGGUAUGCUCGAGCCUUUGUCAGGCUGGCUCUGGAGAAGAAGAUGCUAUCAGCUCAUUUGAAGGAACUUUUGUCUGACACUGAGCUGCUCCGAAGCCUUUAUAAGCGGUAUGCCUUCCUGCGGUGUGAGGAUGAGAGGGAGCAGUUCUUAUUCCACCUGCUGUCCUUAAACGCCGUUGACUAUUUCUGCUUUACCAACACCUUUGCCAACACCAUGGUGUCCUACAGGGUGAUGAUCUUUCCUAGCACUAAGAUGGGCUCUCAGACCAGUGCUAACCCCUGGGUGAAUGUGGCAGGUCACCUGGGGGAGACAGGUGUGGUGGAGAUACCUAAAGGCCUGCUGGAGUUUACUAUACAGCACAAGAACCUGGGUGUACUGACCACUCUGCGUAUAGGUCAUGAUAACGGGGGCAUGACUCCAAGAUGGAUGGUGGAGCACGUGCUGGUUAGGAAUGAGCUGACAGGACAUGCUUACAAAUUCCCAUGUGGACGCUGGCUGGGUAAAGGGGUAGAUGAUGGCAGCAUAGAGAGGUUACUGGUGGCUGAGCUUGUGCCUCAGAAAGUAGCCACUGAUACAGAAGAUCUGUUGACGAGUUGUAGAACGCCCCCUCGGUGCCGUUCACCCAGUGUACCUCGUGGUUCCACGGAGGCAGCUAACAACAUCCCCGAAUUACAGGAAAUGUUGGGACAUGCAGUUAACAACAUUGUCAAACACUUUUACAAACCUGAGAAAGAGAGGGGCAACUUAACUUAUUUACUGUGUGGAGAGAAAGGUCUAGUCAACUGUUUGGAAGCAGUAUUCUUAUGUGGAUUUCGAUCUUCUCGUCUUUUUAGAAACAAAUUCUUCAUUUGGGAUUAUUUGGAGCGUGUGAAGGUGAGUUUUGAGACGAUCAUGGAGGACAGUCCCAGUAACUCCAUCCCUGAUGUAGCCAAGGCUGGCUACUGGCUCUACUGCAAUCUUCUCAACAAAAUCAACAAUGCUUCACAGACUGUCGGCAAGGAUGGCAAGUUCCAGAUCUUUGUCUGUGCUGGAAUCAGAGACCAUUGUCUACAGAGGUGGUUCCCACUGAUGGCUAACACCACUGCCACGGCCCAGAUGUAUGAAGAGAACUCUUUCAUGAGGAACCCCUCCCUCACCAAUUUUCUGGUUCAGAUCUUGGACACUCUCAAUGAGUUCACUUUCACGCUAGAAACCUCGCUCACAAGAGGCUUGGAUGUCUGAGGGUACUGUAGAUGACAAUGAGGAAAGGUGUGACAGGAUCAGAUCAUUGAACUGUGAGGAUCUUGUGUGUGAACAUGUGAUGAUCCAGCAUGAAAGAUGAACAGAUCCUGUGGUUACUGGUAACAACUAUUCAGGGUCACUGGACAUGUGGUGAUUCUAGUGACAAGAUUUUACAAAGCGGGGGUUUCACAUACAUGUAUGUUGAAAGGUGGAAAUUUCAACCCUGAUCCAACCUGCAAGAUUCAUGCAUCUUGGGAGAACAGGGUUUCAGUUUUACCUUGUGAAUGCCUGGAAUUUAUGGAUCCCACUUGAACAUGUUUACAGAGUGACAAGGGGUUAGACAUUAACAUCAGUGUGUUUGGAGUAGAAUCAGUUUUGAUUGGAUCCCAGAAUCUAGAUCUAGACAAGGAGAAAGUGUGCAUUAAGAUUUGAGCAAGAUAAGACUAGAUCUAAGUGUUAUGGUUCUUAAGUUUGAGAGCUACAAACUGAAGUUUUAAGUAUAAGGAUAGAAAGAUGCAAAAGUCUUUAUUUGAGGUUGAGAACUAUGGAUGCCAAUGCCUGGAUUUGAGUGUGAAAACUCCAGAUUGUGGGUUUCAGUGUCCGGAUAUAAAAAUACAAUGGUCUGAACUUGAGUGCCAGAACUACAGAUUGGAGUGUUCCAGUGAUAGAGUGAUGCAAAAAUCUGGAAUUAAGAAUUGAGUUUUUGUGUUGUAUGACGAUCAUUGUGCUAAGGUUUGUAAUGAUCUGAAAGUAAAGAUCUGGAAUCAAAAGAUUAACAUUGGAGCUGUAGUAUUGGCAUCUAGAUUGUGUGAAUUAAAUAGGAGAUGUUAAAAAUAAACGGAAAGAUUUGAAGGUUCUGAAAGUAGUGACAUUUAUGGAAGAAGCAUUAGGAAAGAGCCAAUGAGGUCACAGGUUCAAAUCCAGCUCUUGUAGGAUCAGAUGCACAUGGCAUUAAGGCAGGAGGUUGUCAGGUACCUGGCGAAGGGUGGAGGUUGCCUUGGGCAUUUAGGUUUCCUCCAUCCAUGAAUUUGACAUCUGUUGAAUCACUCAGUGAGAAAUUCUUUGAACAUGGAACAUCAACCUCUAAUCAAAUAAAUAAAUGUGGUAUUAAGUUGUACAAGCAUGUAGUGCAACUGAUGAUGUCAAGACGCCAUGGCCAUUGUUAAGUACCCAACAUUUUGAUUUGUAGGGUAAAAAAAUAUACCUGUAUGUACAUGUGAAGAUUUGCAUGUCAGAUUUGCUGCAUUCAUAUUAUUUAUAGUCCUUGAGAAUUUCACAGGCUUGAGACCUUCUCUUCAUGAUGCUGUACAAAUGAUUCACUUUAGAUCUCAUGAUCUGGUAUAAGGAUAAAUGUUAAAGUCACAGGAACAUGGAUUACAAGAUCCUACAAGGAGAGUACAUGUAUAUACUGACGAGAUUGGAGGAGUCUUGCUAGCCACAUUUGCACGGAACAGUCCCUCGCUGCACUUUAAUAUUCUUCUCAAAUCUUACUUAAAAAUGUGAGACCUAUUAAUAAUACCUUUCACUUCUUUCAAGUAUGCGAGAAAUCAUACUCUUUUAAAUUUUAUUGGGAAAAGUCUUGUCUCAUUGGUCUCUUUUUCUAUCGGUGUAAUCAUUGAAUUGAUUUAUAAUACCAGAAGAUGGAGUUGCGGUACAUGUGGGUGCUCAUGUAUUUAGUCACGAGAGUACACAUCUGGCAGACUGCUCCUGGAGACAGUUUCAAGAUCAUGUAAGCGUGUGAGAGAAAAAAAAGUGCUACUCUGUGCAAUGCUGUUCAUUGCGUGAACUUAAGUGUUCAUCAUCUUUUAACGUUCGUGUUUCGACUUUGUUAUUCAAAGCCCAAGUCAAGCUUCAUCAGUUGUAAUAUUUAGACAGAGUAUGCUUGCGCGUUGUUUCUUGAACCCUCAUAGUUACAUAAUGGCUUUGGACAACUUGAUAAGAAAACAGAAUUAGUACUUAAGUAUUUAAUAAGUUCUUGAUGUGUUCAUGUAGUUGGUUAUGCUUUUCCUUUGUGUUUUGUUGAGUUUGUUUUUGGAUGCUGUUUACGAGUUGGUUUUGUAAUCAAAACAUUACUGUGGUAGCUUUUGACAAUCUUGAAUAGCAUCAUGUUACGUUCUGUAUUGGUUUAAAAUAAAAGGAUGUCCUUGUCCACAUGGUCUAGACCACCAUACUUAAGAUGGGGAAUGCAUAACCACUAAAACCCUGUGUGUGGCUCCAGUUCUUUGUGGUUAGAGGCAGUUUCCUGGAGAUGUCACAGAGUCUUCAACUGUCACACAAGAAAGAGCUUGCCUGUCUUAUUAAUGGCACAUUCUGGAAUAUGGUUUCAGGCACAGAUCAAAUCAAGAUAGUCAGCACUUUUCCAGAUGUCUUUCUUUAGAUGUUUUCUUUGUAACUUUUUCAUCCCUUUGGAUAUAAGUACAUGUACAUAAUGUUGGCUUUUGCAUUUAAUAGCUUUAAUACUGUUAUUCAGCAGUAUCCUGCUUCUGUUUAAUGGUACAAAGUCGUGGUAGGGUUGUGCUGUAGUCUUGUACCUUGUUGAUUUAAAUAUAUAUGAUAAAAUCAAAUUUCAAGUCUAUUGCUGUAAAGAGGUAUCUAUAUACUUGUAAAUGCUUCUAUGAAAG